UAUUUUCAUUUGUGUUUUCAUUUUGACAAACAGUUGUGGAGAACAAUUUCCUGAAAACAAUAAUAGUAACAAAAACAAAAGUACAUUCAUGCAAUAAUUAACAAUAGGUGUUGCACUAAUAGCCAAACAACUAAUGGAAUCCUUAAAUCAGACUUAUUAUGUUACUGCACCUCGUGCAAAACAUUUUAAAGAUGUAACAAAACCUCUGUUAAAAUCAUAUUUAGUUAAUAAUAAACUACAUUAAACAAUAUAUACAGUAAUGUGUAUAUUUUCAUUACAGCGAGCUUAUUUUAACAUUGGUGAAGUAUACACAUGUGCAUUUUACACAAUAUUAAAUUAAGUAUUAUCACAUUUUUAUUAUCAGAUGUCAGCUGUCAACAUUAAAAUCAUCACAGCAGCAGAAGAGCGACCUAAAGCGAUGUACAUAAUGAGAUGCAUCACAGGUGAUCACCAAGUGAAACCGUUGUACAUGUUCCAUGAAGCACAAGCCAAAUUCGAGGUUGGCAACUACUACAAACUCGUAGGCUAUACUUCAUUUGAGCUAGCAAACCACGAAAGUGCCAUCAAAGUCAAUGCAAAGACCCGAAUUUUCCACUGUCAACCAUUCUUCAUCCCGGCUGAAAUUGAAGAACAAUUCUUCCACGCUGACCCUGUGAGCGUCGAGGAAGCACUCCAGCUACCACCAUACCGACGCGCAUCCAUCAAAGGCAUAUUGACCUAUGUCUCACCGGUCAAGGAGGCCACAGGUUGGAAACGGAAGACACUCCACCUCUCACAAACAUCAUGUCCGAACAAAGUCGUUGUGAACCUUUGGAAUCACAUGUCAUCAACUCCGGUCCCACCCAUGAGAUCUAUGGUAGAAGUCACCAACGUUGAGACAUCCUUGUAUCAAGGCCAGAUCUCAUUCAACACUACACCUGAAACAAAUAUCAAGGAGCAACUUGCAACUGAUACAAAAGACAUCAACAUCACUGCAUACUGUGAAGAAAGAUUCAACGUAACUCUUCUCUCUGACACUGACGAAGAGUUCUAUGUGCCUGAGCAAAUGCUCCUCGACUUCGCAAACAUCAAAUCCUUGCACAACUUCCAGCUGCCAAUGUGUGCUCAAAUGACAUACAACAUGACAACCAAAGUUGUGCAGAGUAUCAAACACAUCACCGAUGACUCUGAAGCCUCCACAUCAAAGACUACCUUGGCAGUAGAUUAAAGGCUGAACCAUCCUGAGGAAUCUCAGCCAUCCUGAGGAGUCAACUUCCAAUCAAAACUGAUCACUGCAAAUAGUUUAAAAAAUCAGAACAAAAUUCACCAUCUAUUGAAUCAUAAAACUAAAGUCUUGAGUCAUUUGAUUAUUAAAAAAUGUCCACAUUAAUGUUUUAAUCAAACCAAUAUUUUCUAAAUAAUUAUUGCUUUUAAUUACGUACUCCAUGGGUGAUUCAAAAAAGCAAUACCCAAAUGUCGUGACUAAUCUUUAAGUUAGGUUCUGCAUGUAGCACUUUCAAAAUCUAGCAUAUGCAAGCCCAAUCCAUAACCUUUCAUUUAGUACAACAAUCAUUUAAAUCACUUAGGUACUUUACUACUUUUUAAACACUACAAUCUAGAAUUUUAAA